AUGUGUUGCAACUACGGGAACUCCUGUGGCUAUGGCUACGGAUGCGGCUAUGGCUGUGGAUGUGGCCCCUAUUCUGGCUGUGGUUAUGGAACUGGCUGUGGCUGUGGCUAUGGCUCAGGCUGUGGCUGUGGCUAUGGCUCAGGCUGUGGCUGUGGCUAUGGCUCAGGAUGGGGCUGUGGAAGACUCUCCUGCUGUGGGUGUGGAUAUGGCUGUGGCUCUGGCUACUGUGGCUACCGGCCAUUUUGCUACAGAAGAUGUUACUCUUCUUGCUGCUAG